AUGUCUGUUAUAUCACGAGUUCGAGCCUUCAAGGGAGAGCAAUUUGUUUUCAAACAUACCAGUGACUCCCUGAAAUGUGAAAUGACAUUUGGUGCUUAUGUACCAGAUCAUGAACCUGAAGAACAACUUACUACGCUUGUUUAUCUUUCCGGUUUAACAUGUACACAUGCCAACUUCAUGGAGAAAUCUGGCAUGCAGCGUUAUGCGAGCGAGUAUAGAAUGGUUGUUAUUCACCCAGAUACUUCUCCCAGAGGGGAUGAUAUACCUGAUGAUACAGGAAGCUGGGAUUUCGGGAAAGGAGCCGGCUUCUAUGUUGACGCUCUAGUAGAGCCAUGGAGUACCAACUACAAUAUGUACUCGUACGUUACGAAAGAUCUUCUUGACACCUGUUCAAAACUGUUACCUAUGAACAGAAAUAAACUUGGAAUAUUCGGUCAUUCCAUGGGAGGACAUGGUGCUUUGGUUAUUGGCUUAAGAAACCCUACAAUUUUCCGAUCCAUAUCAGCUUUUGCUCCGAUUAGCAACCCAACUUCAUGCCCAUGGGGCCAAAAAGCUUUUUCUGGAUAUUUGGGAAGCAAUGCGGAAGAAUGGCAAAAGUAUGAUGCUAGUGAGGUCCUGAAAAAUUACAAAGGAGAACAGAGAGAUAUUCUAGUCCAUCAAGGAACAAGUGAUAACUUCCUUGAUCAACUCAAGCCGCAGACUUUGCAAUCAAAUGAACAUGCUAAGGUGCAACUGGAACUUGCUGAUGGAUAUGAUCACAGUUACUAUUUCAUUCAAACUUUCAUUAAGAACCAUUUUGAUCAUCACCACAAAAAUUUAGCCUAA